AUGAACAGCAAAGAUGGGCCUACACCCACCCAACGCUCCUACGAUAACGACAACAACAACAACAUUCACGACGGCGAUUCCUACAUCCAACAAAGCAUUGAACAACCCAAUCCGCCAAUCGCUACCAUUGUCAACGCUGCACACUCCGGUCCUUAUAUAAUAUACAUCGUAACCGAUACCUGCUACCCGACCGCCUCGAGCUUUCAAAACAACAUUGGCACCACGCAUAUAAACUCGGUGCAUUCCACAAAGGCGGCAGCCAACAGCCGAGCCAAAAAGAUCAUAUACGAAAACGAUGGCGACUGCACAGUUGACCUUGACAAGAUUAUCGAGGAGGUGAAACAAGGAUUGUACAUUGGGAUCGGGGUGGGUGGCAAAGAAGAGACGAAUAAAUGCUGUUAUGCGAGGAAGUGCGAGGUGGAAGGCAAGAUUGUGGAUGAAGACAGCGACAGCGAGGAGACGAGCGGAGAGAGCGGCGACAGUGAUCUCGUGGACGGCAUGGGCGAGCAAGACGGCGAUGUGGAGAUGGGCUGA